AUAGUAAUUAGCUUGGAUAUUAAUUAGCUUAGAUAAGAUAGGAUUAAAUUAUACGAUCUUAUUACGCAUUGGCACUGCGCAACUCAUCGCUGCUUAGACCUAUAUAUGAAUAUGGAGAUGAUAAUAUCUCACUCAAUUCUAGGCAAGUUCUAGCAGAGAUGUCCAAUGGUUGAGACAAUGCGGGACGUGGAAACAGAAAUCAUGCACGAAGAUGACGACUUGGCGGCUUCCACUGUGUCAUGGACUCUUUGGACUGAUAAAGACGACAUUCCCCGAGGGUGCGGAGGGAUUGCAGAUGUUGUGAUUACUAAUCAUACGAUACCUGAGAAUGAAGAGAUAGCGGCAUAUAUGAUUGCUUCUUCUUGUAUACUCCUAAUAUUCGGUUCAAUCGCAGCUAUAGGGAAUAGCGUUGUCAUAAUCGUGGUUGUAAGAAGACGCUCUGUGCUGCAUACUUUCACACAUGCCUUAGUGGUCAACCUGGCUGUUUCCCAUCUCCUCGCUAGCCUCACCGUUGUACCCAUGGACGCUGCCACCGGCUUCAAUGGAGGCCAUUGGUUCGCCGGAUUGGUCAGCUGCAAAAUUCUCCGAUACCUCAAUAUGGUCUUCACAUCUGCUACUGUUCUUACUCUCAGUGCAAUAGCAAUUGACAGGUACUACUCUGUCGUUUAUCCACUAGAGAGGAAAAUCACCUUAUUUCGCGGUCGCCUUAUAGUUCUUUACAUUUGGCUCCAUUCUACAAUAGUCUGCGUCCCCUAUCUGCUGACCUAUACACUCGCAUGCCUCGUACCUCAGAGUGUCGUCUGCUACCAACACUGGACGAACCAAGUUCAAGGUCAAAUGUACUUCACAUUCUACUCACUCAUCACCAUAUUUGGGCCAUUAUUGGUCACGUGUUUGGCUUAUUGCUUCGUUUGGAGGGCGUUUCGGCUCAGUCAUCGGAGAGUGAAUGUUGUGAAUGCCUUACGAAGACCAAAAGUUGCACAAUAUUUGCCAUAUUCUACAAAAACGGAGACAAGACUUUUGAAAAUGUUACUAGUGAUGGUGUUUUGCUACAUUCUAUUUUGGGGACCUUUUGUAGGUGUUCUCUUUCACGUACAGUUUACGUCUUACUGGACGACAUCUGAUAUUCUAGUUUUAACUGCUGUUUGGAUAACAAGGUUGCAAUCGGUGCUAGACCCAUUUAUAUAUGGGUAUCUCAAUAAACAAUUUAGACAGAGUCUUUAUGAAUUACUACGAGUUUGUCCUUGUCAGUGUACGUAUAAUCUAAACGUUGACUUCACCGUAACUACCGUGUACGGAAAUAGUGCCUUCCCAAAGGUUGACACCACAAGCAGCGAUUUCCGCUAUACCGUCUCAAAAAGUGCUCGUGACGUGAGUAGGGAACUCCAAUCUGAGUUUUGUAAGGAGGUCCCCAGUAUUGUCGUUACCGAGGAAAGAAAAACGACAAUUUGCGACAACUACCACAUGGUGGCUAGCCAGUCAGAUGUCUCCAUACCACCCAGUAUCCCGGGGUCACCAUGCUCGGUUACUAAAAUCGAUCCCAUCUUUAUAUGCGAUGGAAAUCGGCAAACUACCAUCAAUGACAACGUAGUGACCUCAUUUUAUACUCCACCGAGGACAGAUGUCAUCACAAUGUUGGGAGACUCGCUACGGGUGAAGCACCUUCUGCCGCCGAUUCCAAUCAACAACCCUGUUGCGGCUAUUUCCCCCGAUCCGGGAUUCUCCGAUAGGGAAGAUACGGCGUCCCCCGUACCGUUAUCAGAAGACCUCGACGAAAAUGUACCAUUCCCUAAAUUCGCUCAUACGCUAGGGUUACCGAGACCGUUUCUGCCACCAAUUGAUGCGGAAAUGACUGAUACGAAAAACAAGAAAAAAUACAAAUUCAGAAAGAAGAAAAAACACAAGUAUGGAUUGAAAAAGCGUGCUCAAGAUAAACGUGCCUGCACUACUCAAAACGUUGACGUAAAAGUAUGUGAACCUAUUGGUAAAGACAACGUCAAAUAUGACUUGGAUCAUGGGCAUAUUGAGAAAGAAAAAGCGACAGCAUGGAUCAGUGUACGACACGAAGAGGACAUGCAUGCCCCGGCGGGAAAUACAAAAGACAAUUCUGCGGAUUCAAAAGAGCUUCAAUCGUCACAUAAUAUACGAUUUAAAUUAGACUUAGCUCAGGACGAUUCGGCGGGUAUAUUACGAGAUGAAAUUAGAAAAGAGCCGGGAAAGGAGCACACUUCUGACGCUGUCUAUCACUGCCACACAAAAUUGCCUGUUUCAGUGACAAGACUAUAAUCUACCUAGAAACGCAGAAAAUACAUCCAAUUCAUCAUUUAGAAUAACAUUUAUAGUUGAGAUUUACGUAGACACACUUAGUCGGCUUUAAUGAAUUAUGAAAUGUGAUCCUAUUUGAAACGACUAUAGUUUAAAUUAGAGAGUUCAUAUUACUAUGUGAUUAACUGUUUCAAAGAGUAAUAUUUACAGAAUAGAGAUUUAUAUUGAUGAUAAGUUACUGAUGUUCCGAUUGUUUUGUAAUUUGUGUAUUUGAGGAUCAACGUGAGUGUCUAUAGGUUCCUUUAAUUAGUGCUAUAUGAGAUAAUUUGAGAUAUUAUCUAAAUUAGUAUUGUAAUUUUAAAGACAUCAAUCUAGAAAAUCGUACCCUACAGGGUGAGCCAAAAAGUGAACCUAAACAAAUGUCAAUAACUCAUUCAUAUUUGGCACAAUUGAACCUUGUUCAAU